AUGCACCAUCACGACCCUUGUUACCUAUGCCAACAUGCAUUGACGACAGAUGUGAACAGAGAAUUCAACGAACUAGUCAACAUGACAGCCCCGGAACUGGAAGACUGGCUGACAACCUCUGCCUCCACGUCCACCGGCUGGGCAAAAGAUGAUGGGUCGGGGGAGAGCAUUGGACACGAAAGCGGGAGACAUAUUGUUGAGAUCUUGAGCCAAAACCCGGAGAGGGAUCCGCAGGGGUAUGAGGAGGGGGAUAUACCCCAUAUGAGAAAAGUGGUGGCUUAUUGCAAACGGCAUUUGGCGCAGGAGGGGGAGGCGAAGAAGGAUGCAGAGGGGAGGAGUUAUAAGAGUUUGAAGAAUUGGGGGCAUGAUGCUUUGAAGAAGGAGUGA